AUGGAGACAGCAGACCCUUUCCUUCAGGUCCAGUCGGACGUCCUGUCUACAUUACAAUCCAGCCGGCCGCUCUUCUCCUCAUACCUCCGCAUCCGCUCGUUAGCGAAAAGCCCCUCCAACCCUGAGCUUAAACAAGCGCGCAUAGAGCUCGAAGCGACCAUCACAGAGCUCAGUGCUGACCUAGAUGACCUCGUCGAGAGCGUCCGCGCCAUCGAACAAGACCCCUAUCGCUUCGGCCUCGAGCUAGAGGAAGUCCAGCGCCGGCGCAAACUCGUCGACGAUGUCGGGGGCGAGAUCGAACAGAUGCGGCAGGAGCUGCAACAAGCAGUGUCAGCCGCCCCGGAGCCGGAGCUGCCGAACCCGACGGAGUUCGACGCCGCGCUGGACGAGGAGGAGCAGCAACAGCGCGGGCGCGAAGGGGACGACUACUAUGCGUCGCUGGAGCAGCAGCGGCAGUCGGAGCUGAUGCAUGAGCAGGAUGAACAACUGGACGGAGUGUUUCAAACUGUAGGCAACCUACGGCAGCAGGCGAACGAUAUGGGCCGCGAGCUAGAGGAUCAAGCUGUCAUGAUUGAUGAAGUUGAUACUCUGGCGGACCGGGUGGGCGGAAAGCUGAGCAAUGGCAUGGCGCGGAUUCGACAUAUAGUGCGCAAGAACGAGGAUACAUGGUCAUCCUUUUGCAUAGCAGCGCUGAUCUUUGCGCUCAUCCUAUUAUUAUUUCUCGUUAUUGUUUUGUGA